GAGGAACGAAGAGGGGGGAGAGAGAGAGAGAGAGAGAGAGAGAGAGAAGUGAGGAAACCGAACCAAUCAAAAACCUAAAAAGCCAGGAGUGUAGCCAUCUGAAAGACUCUAAGAGUCAAGUCUCAUCAUCCUCUACCUAAAGCUGGUGGGUUUUCUCGGAUUUAGGUUUAAAGAUUUCCCACAUUCUGUAUCAAUUUCACUGUAUAAAUAUACUUCCACUUCCUUUUCAUUACCAUUUCUUUCUCUUUUCUAUGUUCUUUGCUUUUCCUUUCCGCGUAUCUCUUCCUCUUUAUAUACUAUUCUUUGAAGAACACUACAGAACAGAGGAGAUGACAGAAGAAAAGAUUGAAAAAAAAAUGACAUCAAUUGGAUGAUACAACUUACUACCAUCCAAACCCCAAAGAGAAGCCGACGACUAUCUCAAUCAAACAAUUUUUCUUUUUCUGCAGAAAGGAGGAAAAUGGCUGAACGGGAAAUCCACUAUUUGUUACAUCAGUUCUCCCCUUCUCCUAACUUUCUUUCUCUCUGCGUAGUUAUCCGAUUCAUCUUUGUUGUUAAGUAGAUGGGUUUCUUAGGAUUUUCUUGGGUUUCCCUUUCUUUUCAGUAACUGUAAUGAACUGGGUUCUCUACUGAGGUUGACCUAAUUUCCUUCCUCUUUUAUCUUUCUUACUCUUCCUUCUUUUUGGAACUUUUCUCUCCCUCCCUCCUUCGAGAAGUGAGGUGAGGAGAGACGGAGAAGAGAGAGGUAGAGGAAGAGGAAAUUACUGAUAGUGUAAGAUAGUUGAGAAGAGAAUUUGAGAAUGGGGAAUUCGUUUGGAUGCUCUGCGUCUGGGGAGAGAUUGGUGUCGGCAGCAAGAGAUGGGGACUUGGUGGAAGCCAAGAUGCUGCUGGAGUUCAAUCCUUGCCUUGCCAAGUACUCCACCUUUGGCGGCCUUAAUUCCCCUCUCCAUUUCGCCGCUGCUAAAGGCCACAACGAGAUUGUUGCGUUGUUGCUUGACAAUGGUGCCGAUGUCAAUGCCAGGAAUUACUGCGGCCAGACUGCAUUGAUGCAGGCGUGCCGGUACGGGCACUGGGAAGUUGUGCAGACCCUUCUGCUGUUCAGAAGCAAUGUUACAAGAGCAGACUACCUCAGCGGUAGGACAGCACUCCAUUUUGCAGCUGUAAAUGGGCAUGUUAGAUGUAUAAGACUCCUGGUGGCCGAUUUCAUCCCCAGUGUUCCAUAUGAAGUUAUCAGUGGUCAGACCAAUGGCGAUAAGGGGGAUGGUUCGAAUUUGAGGACCAAAUGUGACCAAUCCGCACUUUCCAAGUUUGUCAAUAAGGCUGCAGAUGGUGGUAUUACUGCCCUUCAUAUGGCUGCCCUGAAUGGAUAUUCUGAUUGUGUACAGCUCCUACUUGACAUUAAUGUGAAUUUCUCUGCUGUGACAUUUCAUUACGGAACUUCCAUGGAUUUAAUAGGAGCUGGAAGCACUCCAUUGCAUUACGCUGCUUGUGGAGGAAACCUAAAAUGCUGUCAGAUCCUUCUUUCAAGAGGGGCUAGCCGGUUGACGCUGAACUGCAACGGGUGGUUGCCACUUGAUGUUGCAAGAAUAUGGGGUCGUGAUUGGCUUGAACCACUUUUGGCCCCCAAUUCUGAGUUGAUAGUACCAACAUUUCCUCCUUCCAAUUAUCUGUCUCUGCCUCUCAUGAGUGUGCUUAAUAUUGCAAGAAGCAAAUUUGAAGGAACUUUGUACGAUGUGAUUAAGCUCAUGAUGCUUCUCUGCAGAGAAUGCGGGUUGCAAUCUUCAGCCACAUCUUCUGAUGAAAAUGAUACUUGUGCUGUCUGCCUGGAGAGAGCAUGUAGCGUAGCUGCUGAAGGUUGUGGGCAUGAGCUCUGUGUAAGGUGUGCACUCUAUCUCUGCUCAACCAGCAACAUCCCUUCUGAAAUGGUUGGUCCACCAGGAUCCAUUCCAUGCCCACUGUGUAGACAUGGCAUAAUAUCAUUUGUCAAAUUGCCUGGUUCCCCUGCAAAGGAGCUCAAAGCACAUAUAUCUCUUGGUCUCUGUACCCCAUGUAUGCUCCACCCAUGCGAUCCAGACACCCCUACAUCAGUCUGUAGACCUGAGAUCCACAUGAAUCGCGUUGCCUCAGUCUCUUCGGAUCUUCUAUGCCGUGUCUCAUGCAGUCCAUUCCCUUCUGUUGCGAUUCCAUUGUGCACAUGCGAUGAUGGUCCAUGCCCAUCUCUUGAACCCCAGGAAGGAGAAACAAGAGAGGAAUCUCCUGCUGACACACAAGGCACAUCAGUUGAGGAGGAUAAAAUGGAAGGAACAAGACUUGGAAAAACUAGUUGUUCAAGUAUUUUCUGGAACAGAAGAAGCUGCCACAGGGAGCAUCAAUGCAAUUCAGAGAUAAAUGCUUGAUCUGUAUAUUGAAGAACCAUAUCUGUAGAAAGCUAGAAUGUUAGAAAGAAACAGAUGUGCAGUAAAUAGUUUUGGUUUUGAUCUAGACAGUUAAGAGUCAUUCGGUCUAGAUGCUCUUCAACCACAUACAGCUCUCCCUGGAUAUAGAGCUGGAUGAGUUUUAGAAAGAUCUUGAUGAAGCCACGAAGGGCAUGAGAUUUUGUAUGCCAUAGUAUAUAGGCAGUAACUGAAUGAAAUUGAAUGUCAGAUAUAUUGGUUAUUUUUUGGUUAUAUCUGUAAUACAUUUUUAUUCAUUUUUCCCUCGAGUUUUUGUACUCUUAUUUCCUUGAUGUAUAUGACUUUGGUCUAGCUGAAGAUGGCCUUGGAUAAGGGAAACUUUUACAAGAUUUUAUC